UUUAAUCCAAGAUGUAGAUAACGACGAAGAUGAUAAUAAAAGUUUUUGUGAUCUAACUCAAGAUGUGGAUAACGACGAAGGUGAUCAUAAAAGUUUUUGUGAUCUGACUCAAGACAUUAAUUUGGAUAUAAACACAG